AUGGGUUCGUGGAAUGCAUUUCGUAUCAUCGGUGACUUGUUCCAUCUGGGCUCGGUAUGCGUCCUGAUCUGGGCAAUCCACAAGAAUAAGAGUGCCGAAGGAGUCUCACUUCUCACGCAACUUCUCUAUGGCAUCGUUUUUGUUUUCCGUUAUCUCGACCUUUUCUCAUCCUAUACAUGGUCAGGGUUUGGGACAUGGCACACUGCUUAUAAUGUUUCCUUCAAGCUUUUCUACCUGAUUUCGUCUUUCUACCUGAUCUUCUUGAUAUUCAAGGUCUACCCACGUACACGAGAGAGGGAGAGAGCCUGGAAGCUUGGCAUGUGGUCCACACUUGGGUCCUUUGUAAUGGCACCCAUCGCGAUCCUGAUUCUCGAAAGAGACGGGUACCCUCGAAACUGGUUCAUGGAGACUUGCUGGGCUUUCUCCAUCAUCCUGGAAUCCGUGUGUGUAUUGCCGCAGCUUCUUCUACUCCGCCAGACCACUGUCCCAACGGUGAUCGACUCAUAUUACCUCCUCACUCUGGGCUCGUACCGAGCCUUCUACAUCCUCAAUUGGAUCGUGCGUGUGGCUACGGAGCGCCGCUUUGAUGAUUGGAUCUCGGUCGUGUUUGGCGUUGUGCAGACCGCCUUUUAUGUGGACUUCGCCUGGGUGUACUAUUCGCGCCAGCGCGUCAAGCUCCGAAAUGGCGGCGUUGUUGACUCCGAGGAUUAUGGAAACAGCUGGCUGGUGAACCGAGUAGUGAACUUCCGGGCAUCGCGACAAUCUGCAGACGAAGAGCAACAUCUUCAAGAUGAGGAGGAAGGAGUGGACAGUCACUCAAAUCACAAUCGAUGGGGCCCGCGGGGGAUCUCCGUUGCCGCUGACGAUACGCUGGACCAGAAUGGUCACGGCAAGGGUCACCGUCAUGAGGACAGCCUAGACGGAUUCUCGGGAGAUGAGGACGAGGAAACCGACGAGCGCCGUGCCAACACCUCUCAUUAA